GACCGGCCUCCCAUCAUGGCGGCGGCGGCGGCUUCCCGGUUCUGGUUCUGGGCUGCCCUGCUUGUGCCUGCGGCCGCGGUCUACGAAGACCAAGUGGGCAAGUUUGAUUGGAGACAGCAGUAUGUUGGGAAGCUCAAGUUUGCCUCCUUGGAGUUUUCCCCUGGAUCCAAGAAGUUGGUUGUGGCCACAGAGAAAAAUGUGAUUGCAGCAUUGAAUUCUCGGACCGGGGAGAUCUUGUGGCGCCAUGUUGACAAGGGCACAGCAGAGGGGGCUGUGGACGCCAUGCUGCUCUACGGACAGGAUGCAAUCACUGUGUCCAAUGGAGGCCGGAUCAUGCGUUCCUGGGAGACUAACAUCGGGGGCCUGAACUGGGAAAUUACCUUGGACAGCGGCAGUUUCCAGGCACUUGGGCUGGUGGGCCUGCAGGAGUCAGUGAGGUACAUUGCAGUCCUGAAGAAGACCACUCUUGCCCUCCAUCACCUCUCCACUGGGCACCUGAAGUGGGUGGAACAUCUCCCAGAAAGUGACAGCAUCCAUUACCAGAUGGUGUAUUCCUACGGCUCGGGGGUGGUGUGGGCCCUCGGAGUUGCUCCCUUCAGCCAUGUGAACAUUGUCAAGUUUAACGUGGAAGAUGGAGAGAUUGUUCAGCAGGUCAGGGUUUCGACUCCCUGGCUGCAAGGUCUCACUGGUGCCUGUGGUGUGGUGGAUGAGGCUGUCCUGGUGUGCCUGGACCCGAGCUCACGCUCCCUCCAGACCUUGGCCCUGGAGACAGAGUGGGAGUUGAGGCAGAUCCCACUGCAGUCUCUCGACUUAGAAUUUGCAAGUGAAUUCCAACCUCGGGUCCUGCCCACACAGCCCAGCCCGGUGGGUCCUUCUCGGGCCCAGUUCUUCCUGCAGUUGUCCCCAAGCCACUAUGCCCUGCUGCACUACCAUCAUGCGGAGCUGAGUCUGCUCAAAAACUUCCCGCAGACUGCGCUAGUGAGCUUUGCCACCACCGGGGAGAAGACGGUGGCUGCAGUCAUGACCUGUCGGAAUGAAGUGCAGAAACCUGGCAGUUCUGAAGAUGGGUCAAUGGGGAGCUUUUCGGAGAAGCCUAGUCCACAGGACUCGCUGGCUUGCUUCAACCAGACCUAUACCAUUAACCUCUACUUAGUGGAGACGGGUCGGCGGCUGCUUGACACCACGAUCACCUUUAGCCUGGAACAGAAGGGCACGCAGCCAGAGCGGCUGUACAUCCAGGUGUUCUUGAAGAAGGAUGACUCGGUGGGCUACCGGGCCUUGGUCCAGACAGAGGACCAUCUGCUACUUUUCCUGCAGCAGCUGGCAGGGAAGGUGGUGUUGUGGAGCCGUGAGGAGUCACUGGCAGAGGUGGUGUGCCUAGAGAUGGUGGAUCUCCCCCUGACUGGGGCACAGGCUGAGCUGGAAGGAGAAUUUGGCAAGAAGGCAGACGGCUUGCUGGGGAUGUUCCUGAAACGCCUCUCCUCCCAGCUCAUCCUGCUGCAGGCGUGGACUUCCCACCUCUGGAAGAUGUUUUACGAUGCCCGGAAGCCCCGAAGUCAGAUUAAGAAUGAGAUCAACAUUGACACCCUGGCCAGAGAUGAGUUCAACCUCCAGAAGAUGAUGGUGAUGGUAACAGCCUCAGGCAAGCUUUUUGGCAUUGAGAGCAGCUCUGGCACCAUCCUGUGGAAACAAUAUCUCCCCAGCGUCAAGCCAGACUCCUCCUUUAAAUUGAUGGUCCAGAGGACUACCGCCCAUUUCCCCCACCCCCCACAGUGCACCCUCCUGGUAAAGGACAAGGAGACGGGAAUGAGUUCUCUCUAUGUCUUCAAUCCCAUUUUUGGGAAGUGGAGUCAGGUGGCUCCCCCAGUGCUGAAGCGCCCCAUCUUGCAGUCUCUGCUUCUCCCCGUCAUGGAUCAAGACUAUGCCAAGGUGCUGCUGUUGAUAGAUGAUGAGUACAAGGUCACAGCUUUCCCAGCCACUCGGAAUGUCUUACGACAGCUACAUGAGCUCGCCCCAUCCAUCUUCUUCUAUUUGGUGGAUGCAGAACAGGGACGGCUAUGUGGAUAUCGACUUCGAAAGGAUCUCACCACGGAGCUGAGUUGGGAGCUGACCGUUCCCGCAGAAGUACAGCGCAUCGUGCAGGUGAAGGGGAAGCGCAGCAGCGAGCACGUUCACUCCCAGGGCCGUGUCAUGGGGGACCGCAGCGUGCUCUACAAGAGCCUGAACCCCAACCUGCUGGCAGUGGUGACAGAGAGCACAGAUGUGCACCAUGAGCGCACCUUCAUCGGCAUCUUCCUCGUGGAUGGUGUUACCGGACGCAUCAUCCAUUCGUCUGUGCAGAGGAAAGCCAAGGGCCCCGUCCACAUCGUGCACUCAGAGAACUGGGUGGUGUACCAGUACUGGAACACCAAGGCCCGGCGCAAUGAGUUUACUGUACUGGAGCUCUACGAGGGCACCGAGCAAUACAAUGCCACCGCCUUCAGCUCCCUGGACCGUCCCCAGCUGCCCCAGGUCCUUCAGCAGUCCUACAUCUUCCCCUCCUCCAUCAGCGCCAUGGAAGCCACCAUCACUGAGCGGGGCAUCACCAGCCGACACCUGCUUAUUGGGCUACCUUCUGGAGCAAUUCUUUCCCUUCCUAAGGCCUUGCUGGAUCCCCGCCGUCCUGAGAUUCCAACGGAACAAAGCAGAGAGGAGAACCUAAUCCCGUAUUCUCCAGAUGUACAGAUACACGCAGAGCGAUUCAUCAACUACAACCAGACGGUUUCUCGAAUGAGAGGUAUCUACACAGCCCCCUCAGGCCUGGAGUCCACUUGUUUGGUCGUGGCCUAUGGUUUGGACAUUUACCAAACUCGAGUCUACCCAUCCAAACAGUUUGAUGUCCUGAAGGACGACUAUGACUAUGUGUUAAUCAGCAGUGUCCUCUUUGGCCUGGUUUUUGCCACCAUGAUCACUAAGAGACUGGCACAGGUGAAACUCCUGAAUCGUGCCUGGCGGUGAAGCCCAAGAGCCACUGCCAGAGGGCGGGGCCGAGGGGACGGAGGGUCAGGUGAGAAGCUCCAGCUGAGUUUGACAGGUUGGUGAGAACGUGUUGGGCACUCACUUCGGUUAACGUUGUGGAGAAGGUGGACUCUCAUGGAGACUCCUUUUGGGAUACGUCUGCUGCAGCGUCGUCGGGGGACGGAGGCCGAACUCACUCUCUCUGCCGAGAAUCUCUAAGCGUCUUGAUGAACUUUCCCCUGAAGUCCAAAGGCCACUGCCCUGUUACCUUUCUUUGCCCAUCCAUGAAUGUUGUUGUUGUUGUUGUUUUAUAAGACCUCCAACAGAUUUUUCUCUUUUGUGUGGCCUGUUUAAAUUGCUUUUGGUUUACCUUCUGUUUCCCAGGUUUCUCUUUAGAAAUCCUUCAGACUGUUUCCCUGCCUCAUGCUUCAAAGUUGGGAGGGAACUCUUUUUGACAACUCCACCUGAUAGGUGCAUUUGCUGUUUUACAUUGGGGAGAAAGAAGAUCCAUCCUUAGCUGAGGUUUGAGGACUGAUCCAGCUGCUUAUGGCUUCUCUCCGACAUAACUUAGGGCUGAGGAAUCUCUGUGUGGUGUCAAGUGUAUUUUAUUGAAGCCUCCAGUUUCAUGCUCGCAUUCAUCAGGUAGGGCCACUCAGUCUUUGUUGCAGUUUGUCAGAAGCUGAGUGUAUAAUAGCAUCUUGGUUUGUGGGUCAGUGCCUGUACUAUUCACCUGAGAUGUGUCUGAGCUGAGGCCUCGUUUGUACUACUGAAUUGUCUGAUGCUUGAGCUCACCCACUGGCUGGCCUAGCCAUCUUAUAACCUCGUUAAAGAAAGUCGUUCUUGUUUAAGAACCUCAUUAUUUAUUUUUAGUUUUAGAAAUAACAUGUGGGUCACUAUAUCUCUCUUAAAACGAGCAGAUUUUAAAUCUUACUGAUCUUUAAAAAAGAGGGGAGAGAAAGGGCCGGGGUGGGAAGCUGCAUCGUGUGGAGUAGCAUGCUGGUUGGCUGGGCUCUUGUCGCUGCUACAGAUUAGGAAAUCCUAAAGGUUUCCCUUGUUUAUUGAUUUGGGGAAUGAUGGGGUUUUUCUUUACUGUGAAGAAUGAAAUGUACAGAGAGAGACCUUCUCUAGCCCUUUGGGGAGAGAGGUACAUGCAAGUGUCUAAAUAAAGCGAGUGAUGAAUGACA